GCAGAGUCUACUUAGAGAGAGAAUCAACAGACAAUGGAUCCCAAAGUUUGGAGUGUGGAACUAAAUGAUGGCCACUUCAUCCCUGUACUGGGAUUUGGGACCUAUACACCUGAAGAGGUGCCUAAGAGCCAAGCUGUGGAGGACACCAAAUUAGGUAUAGAUGCUGGGUUCCGCCAUAUCGAUUGUGCUCAUGCAUACGGUAAUGAAAAGGAAAUUGGACUGGCUAUCCAAAGCAAAAUUGAAGAUGGCACUGUGAAGAGAGAAGACCUAUUCUGCAAUUCAAAGCUUUGGCUCACUUUCCUUCGACCAGAGUUGGUUCGACCAGCCUUGGAAAAGUCUCUGAAGGAACUUCAACUGGACUAUGUCAAUCUCUACAUUAUUCAUUACCCAACGGCUCUGAAGGUUGGCAAUUUGCAUGGUCACACCUAUUUUGCUUCUUGUGUCAGAAUGUCUAUCAACUUGCAUGGAUGA